UUAACUCGAUAUUUUUAAUGAACAAGUUUUUACUCUUGACGGCGGUCAAAAUUUUCCACUUCAGACUCCGUGUCUGCUGGAAAUAAAAGAAUUCUAUCGGUCGUGAUUGGCCUCUUGUUCGAAUGCGUGAAAUGACCCGAGAGAAGCCGUCGAGGCCCAGAGCGUCGGCAGCGAGCAAAAUGCGUCGCGAUGCUGCUCAAUUCUUUGUGCUCUAUUGUCGCAAAAGAGGAUCAGACGUUUUGCCGAUUAAACCAGCAGUGCCGAGCGUCAGCAGGCUGUACCCCCGCAUUAUGCAGGGCAACGGGCCCCCGGCGCCCUCCCACCACCACUCGCCCCUGUCUAGCCCCCUGUUUGCCGGGCACGCAGCAGCGGCCGCGGCCGCCGCUGCACAUCUCUCGGGACAAUUGCAACAGCCCGGGGGCGGCCACCACCACCACCAUCAUCACCAGAUGUCUGCCCACCAACACCCUGUCGACUUGCACGUUCCUUCAGCUGCAUUCCCUUAUUACAGAUACAGGGACGACGCGCUCUGCUGGACAGACAGGAAACCAGUUGGCGACGAAAUGGGCCACCCAACUUCUGUGAACGCUCGUAUUUUGGAGCUGCGGAAAGAAAAGUCACGCGAUGCAGCCCGAUCUCGGCGCGGCAAGGAAAACUACGAGUUUUACGAGCUGGCCAAAAUGCUUCCACUUCCGGCGGCGAUCACUUCACAACUCGACAAGGCGUCCAUAAUCAGACUCACAAUCUCAUACUUAAAGCUCAGAGACUUUUCCGAGCACGGAUAUCCACCGUGGCCGGCGCCAGGAGGAAAACCUCAAAAAGUCUCCAGGCCGCGGGCAGCAUCUGGGUUGGCCCUGGACAUUUUCGAGCAGCACCAGGGAACACAUAUUUUGCAGUCAUUGGACGGCUUUGCUUUCACGCUAGGAGCUGACGGGAGAUUUCUCUACGUUUCAGAGACUGUUUCAAUUUACUUAGGAUUAUCACAGGUGGAGAUGACCGGAAGUUCAGUUUUCGACUACAUUCACCACCAAGAUCAUUCAGAACUGGCGGAACAGUUGGGUCUGGGCCUGGCUUCGCAGCAGGGCAGCGCCUCGUCAGGAAUGGCCUCCCCCGGCGGCAGUGCCGGAAGCGGGGGCGAUGACGGCAGCACAGGUACCCUGAACCCUGAUGUAACAACCUUAAUGAGCAUCAACAGCAAUAAUGGAUACAAGGGUCUGGAAAGGGCGUUCUGCAUCAGAAUGAAAUCCACUCUGACAAAAAGAGGCUGUCACUUCAAGUCAUCAGGAUAUAGGGUGGUUUUGGUUUUGUGCCGUCUUCGGGGGCAGUACAACAUGACCCACCUCCGAAAGAACGCCGUGCCGCCUCCGCCGCAGACCAUCCUAGGCAUGGUAGCUUUGGCCAUCGCAUUGCCGCCUCCGAGCGUGCACGAAAUCAGACUUGAAGCCGACAUGUUCGUCACCAGAAUCAAUUUCGACUUCAGGAUCGCACAUUGUGAGCCAAAGGUUUCUGAGAUUUUAGACUACACGAGUGAAGAACUGACUGGUCGCAAUUUGUACACACUUUGUCAUGGCGAAGAUGCUCAUAAACUUAGGAAAUGCCAUGUUGAUCUAAUCAACAAAGGUCAGGCAAUGAGCCAGUACUUCAGGCUAAUGAACAAGUCUGGUGGCUACACUUGGCUCCAAACGUGCGCCACGGUCGUUUGCAACAGCAAGAACAACGACGAGCAAAACAUUAUUUGCGUAAAUUACGUUAUCAGUGGACGCGAACUGAGCCACGUUGUGAUGGACUGCUGCCAGUUGGAGGAGAGCAGGGGCGCGAGCGUGAAAAGGGAAAUGGGCAACAACCAGGACCCUGAAAAUGGAUCUCCAGACGCGGACCCGUCCGAUGGCAGAUCUCGAGAAGCAAGCCAUAGAAGCGGCCACCCUGAGGGCUCCAUUCGGCAGUCAACGGAGGACCGAGGAAUUAAUGGGCCCGAUCAAGGGUCCAGGGGAGACGGUGGGGCCACUGAUAGGGGCAAUUUGAGCUCUAGAUCUCACAGAGGUGGUGGAAAACCACGUGGUAGACCAAAGAGGACUGCAAUAAACGGGAGGCAGAAUGGAGUCGAAGCAAGUUCUUCUGAAGAAGCGAGUGAGGACGAUUGCGGAUCUGAUUUUGAGGAGGAUGUUGAAGAGGUUAUCCCUGAUGGUCCCACACCUAGCAAAAGGGGUAGACCGUCCAAGAGAGGAAGAGGCAGGAGUCGACAAUCACAGCCGAGUCAGCAGCAGCCACCUGUUUGGUCCAAGCUCGAUACUGAUGGAAGUCAAGUUACAAGUGUGGCCGGUUUCGACGGAGCAGCACCAGUCAAGCAGCUCGAGCACGCCAUGACCAAACUACUUCCCGAGGGCCAGCCAACUUCGGCCAACACGGAUUUCAGUACUGACGCCCUCCUGAAGCAACGGCCACCCAGCCUGCAUUACCCUUCUGCCGCAGGUAGCAGCAAUUCCGGAGGGUCAGUUUUGCCUGCGACAGCCCUGCUGCGCCAGUUGUAUGCCAGUAGAGAAUCAGUCAUCAGGUCAAACAUUCAACCGCCGAGGGGUCAACAAACCCCUGGAGGAUUCUACACAGACUCCACCCUAGCCACACCACCCUCGGAAUACGACGCAUCCUCUUUCAACGGCUCGUCUUACGCGACAGGAGGUUUUGGUGCGGGUGGAGAUUUUCACCAAUCCGCCAUCACACCACCCUCGUCUGUGUCACCAAGGGACGGUGCCGGAGGGUCGUUGACCGCCGAGGCUAUGGCUGCUGCGAUCAGGACGCAGCAAUAUUUGAGCCAAGCUCAGAAUUUGCCGUUGAAACCCCAGGCAAAUAUGGCUCACACAGUCACUCCAAGUAUGGAACAUUACAUGGAAGCACGACAUCAGACGCAACUGUACCACCACCAACUUGCAGCAGCCAGUUUUCACAUUUACCAUCCCGCCGCGGCCGCGGCGGCAGCAGCAGCCAGCCUGGCGCACAACAACGGCAACACACUCAUGGGCCCCCUUUCGCCCAACAAGUCAGCCAGUCCGCCCCUGUCCUACGGAGGCAAAUCGACGCACUAUCAUUCCCCUUGGUACUCGGCGCCUUCGUAAUGAGCUACAAUUGUUUUCGUGUCUCUCUAUGUUGCCCAUAAGAUACCAAAAAUGUUGUGUAGGCUAUGCAUUCUUAAAAAAAAGAAGAUAAAUGUGUUAACCCGGAAAGUUCUAAUGCAUUUGGAGAAAAAUUUGCGACCAUCACAUGGCAAAAUAACUUUUAUUAAAAUGAUUUUCACAAAUUUUUUUUAUGAAGAUCAAUUAUGAAAUGAAUAAUAAUCAUUUAACAAGCUAGAGAUCUAAAUUCAUGCUUUAGGAAGAAUUUUCACCCGCUAAUGAGAUGGAUGCAAAUUCUUUUUGCCAAAGUGUUGAACUUUCGAAUGUGUAAAAGGGUAAAAGUAAGAUAAGAAUGUGAUCACCCAGCAAAAUAUUGAUGUGUGACUCGGCUUUUAAAUCAUGCAAAAGACAAAAGACUCUGUAUUAUUUUUUUCUAUUUUGCUUAUUUUUGUCAGUCAAACUCUUAAAAACUGCUUAAAAUUUUAAAAAUGUGAUUUACGAAACAUAGUUUUUAUGGUUUUGUUUUAAUUUUCCUACAGUGUACAUGAUUUUACCACACAAUUUUGUAGCCACUUUUUUUAAUGUCCCAAAACCCUGACCAUCACAUGCUAAUAUAUCAAAAUGAAAUGCUGUUGAAGCCAAAUUUGUAAAAUAAGAAUGGACAACCUUAAGAUAUCUAUUUAUAAAUGUGUAAUAAAUGUAAAAGACAGUUUGUCGAAUAAGAAGUAUGAUAAUUGUGCCAGUAUUACUCGCAUUUUGCUAUGCAUCCCUAGGACAUAAACUCAGAACUUGUUGCUCGACAUUUUGUUGUAUGUGCGACAUCUGAACUUAAUACUCGAUGGUUUUAUUUCAAGUUGUGUUGAAAACUUUGGAAACUGAUUGUUAUUGUUGGUUCGUCAAUGAGAGAGAAAAGAGCAAUCAUUAAUUUUGGCUCUCCACGUCAAAAACUUAAUUCUUAAUAAACUAAAAGUGAAUUAAUUUUACACACCGAAUAAAAGGA